ACCGUGAGGGCUGCGGGCGGAGGGAUGCUGGGGAGCCUGACGGGAAGGACAGCGGGAAGAGAACAUCCUCUCCGCCCGCUCAGCCUCGCGCUGGGUCUCCCGGAGGUGAGAGUUGGCCCUUUCGGGGAGGAAAGCAAAGGCAAGGCCCGGCGCACCGCCGUCCUCCUUCCUCCCCCAGCACUUAGCAGGCUGCACCUGAGCAUCCUGGGCUGAGCGCGGCUGUCUCCGGAUGCCCAGGUGAUGCUCCCCUGCGCGCCGAUGCCCCUGAUCUCCUCCAGCUGUGGCAUUCUCCGCUCCAUCCAGCUGUUGCAUCCUCCCCUCCCCCAUUCGGAGGUGGCUUUCUCCCUUUCUCUCCAUCCCCUCUGGUCCUCCUUCCCCGCUCCCCAGCCCAGGCCCUUCCAGAACCUCCCCUCUUUUCUCCACACACCCCUUGAAUUCCUUGCCUUAAAAAAUAAGCAGGAAUCCUUUCUGCAGAAUUGAGAUAACCAUGGCCUUGGCUGAGGGGAGAGAGAACGGCUCAGAGGCUCCAUAGACAGUGGGAGGAAAUAAUUCUGCCUCAGAAUUGAACUCCUUUACCUGCUCCCUAUUGGGUGGAGAGGCCCUCAAAGAGGAGGUCUGUCCUGACCCAGAGUCCUCCCAGCAUACACCUCUAGAAACACCACUUCCCUUUCAACUCGCGGGGUGGACUCUGGUUCUGUGAGCUCCGACUUUACGUCAGAGAGCCCGAAGGGGAAGGUGAGUGGAAGGGAUUUAGGGAGGAAGGGUCCGUCCAGGUGUACCCUGGGCCUUCCUGUGGCUGAGGGUCCUCUGAGCUUUAAGGCCUGUCCUCACCCGUUUUAUGCUCAAGGGUGGAGAAAGGCAUCUGCCCCUCAGCCAUCACUCACAGGGGAGACUGAGGUGCCGCUGGGAGGGCCGACAGUGUGACACCCCAACUCCAGCACAUGUGAAAACACAACUAAAUAACCAACCCAGAGGAGGCAAGAAGUUUAAGGAAGAGAGUGGCUCGGGACUUCCUGCGUGUCCUUACAGCUGAAGAUGGCAGGGCCCCUCUAAAUACCAAGUGCUGUUUCUUAGUCCUCCCCCUGGAGGUGGCGAUGUGGGCAUCAAGUUUUGCCAGUAAGAGGAUCCUAAAUUCUAGUCCCUCUACCCCAGAGUCGCCCAAUGGCUGACCGUGUGCAUUCCCAGCUUGUCCUGCCAGGGUCUGGGAGAAAAAGGUCUGGGAGUCAGCCCUCUGGGAGCCCCUGCUGGGGCCGAAGGGGGAUUGUGUUGAGAUGAUGCCAGCUGGGCACAUAGGGGCUUCGGCUUCGUGAGGGGUUGGACGCAGAGAUUGGUCGUCCUGCUUCAUUUGCUCCCAGAGGCCUGGGCCAUGUGUGAGGGGAGCAGGAGAGGAGGAGGCAGGCGCGCUACCCCAGAGAGAGCCCCCAGGAUCACCAGCCCGUGCCUUUGGUUUCUUUCUCUGCCCUUUUUUGCGCCCCUCGUGUAUGUUCACUGCCUCCACCCGUGCCCUCCCUACUGCCUCUGAGGAGGAUAAAGAAGGAAGGGGAUCACAUUUAUAAAAAAAACAAACUACUACUUAUUCUGCACUUUCCACACGGCUAAUGCUUGUGAGAAGCUUCCCGCGUCCUCAGUCCUGGGCCGGGAACUGUGUCUGGAUUAUCUCAGUAAGGUCCCCAACAGGCCUGCGAGUUAGCUGGUGUGAGCAUCUCUACAGUAGAAACUUUAAAAAGUUAAGUGAUCUGUUCAGAAUAAGGAAAAUCCGUGUGUGGCAAAAAAAACUUAGGACUUUUAAAGGAACUUUAAUUGCGGAAACUGGUUUAUAACAUUCUGUAAACGUCAGAACAGUGUUAUCCUUUCACAUCCGUACCCGCUGCAGCACGUCAUCACCAAAAGCCCAGUUUCUACCUAGCACCUUACAGUUGACGCCUUUACCCGUUCUCCUAGCCCCCGUCCCCAAACUUAGGAUGAACCCAGGUCUGUCUGCCCCAGGGCCCUUGCUCUGAUCCACCUCGUCUAUACUGCAUUGCCGCUGGGUGACAUAAUACCACCGGCCAUCUGGAGAGGAAAAGACUGAGGUUUGCUAGGAAGUCAUAAUCGGGGUUGCCCAACAGGGCAGGAACAGAGAGGCAGGACCUUGACACACCUCGGAUUCGGAGGCCACCACCCUCCUCCACGGUAUAGUGUUCCCGAGCCAGGUGGCAGGAAUGGCUAGGCGCUCCAUAAUUUUUAUUUCAUCUUUUUCUAUUUAAGAUAGAUUGCUUUCUUAUUUUAAAAGCAAUUCAAAGUCAUCGCACAAAUAUUGUAAAAUAUAGUUAAGCCACAAGAAGAAAAUAAAAAUACCCACAAUUCCUUCUAGGUUUUAAAUGCACGUCCAGCUCAGGAGCUCUUUGUUAUGGGCUGAGCUUCUAGGUCCAUAUAAGCUCCAAGCAGGAAGAACUCUUGUCACCCACAGUACAUUGCUUCUCUCCCCCUAGACCUUAAUGGGAACGGAGGGCUAAAGGGUGAUCCCAGGCCGUAUUGGCCAGGGGGUAAAGGUGGGGUGCAGGGAGUUAGGCCUUCCCCUCAGUCCAGAGGAGGUGGAAUAGCGGGUCUGUAGAGGGAAGCCAGACCUGAUAGAGGAAGGACUGUCCUUGUGACCUGGUUCCACUGGAACCUGAAAUUAAGAUUUGUCCUUGGGAAGUAGAAGGUCGGAGCCCCAGUUUCCCCUUUUUCUGGUCAGGUGGAAGAGACGGCCUCUCCAGAAUCCACAAAGACCCACUGUCCGGCCAACCUGGAGGACAAAGCCAGAAGCCAAGCACUGUGCUCGGGCUUCCCUGUGGCUCACCUACCCCGCCGCGAGCCGAGAUUGAGCUGGAGUCUGACAGAGGCUGCAUUCCAAAAACUAACUCGUCCCACACCGAGGGUCCGUCACUCACACCAGGGCCCAGAGGUCAUGGCCUGCCUCCAUGAGACCCGCACACCCUCCCCUUCCUUUGGGGGUUUCGUGUCUACCCUCAGUGAGGCGUCCAUGCGCAAGCUGGACCCAGACACUUCUGACUGCACCCCCGAGAAGGACCUGACACCUACCCAUGUCCUGCAGCUGCAUGAGCAGGAUGCAGGGGGCCCGGGGGGAGCUGCUGGGUCCCCUGAGAGUCGGGCGUCCAGAGUUCGAGCAGAUGAGGUGCGACUGCAGUGCCAGAGCGGCAGCGGCUUCCUGGAAGGCCUCUUUGGCUGCCUGCGGCCUGUCUGGACCAUGAUUGGCAAAGCCUACUCCACGGAGCACAAGCAGCAACAGGAAGACCUCUGGGAGGUCCCCUUUGAGGAAAUCCUGGACCUGCAGUGGGUGGGCUCUGGGGCCCAGGGAGCUGUGUUCCUGGGGCGCUUUCACGGGGAGGAGGUAGCUGUGAAGAAGGUACGGGACCUGAAGGAGACGGACAUCAAGCACCUGCGAAAGCUGAAGCACCCCAAUAUCAUCACCUUCAAGGGCGUGUGUACCCAGGCUCCCUGUUACUGCAUCCUCAUGGAGUUCUGCGCCCAGGGCCAGCUGUAUGAGGUACUGCGGGCCGGCCGGCCCGUCACCCCCUCCUUGCUGGUUGACUGGUCCAUGGGCAUCGCUGGUGGCAUGAACUACCUGCAUCUGCACAAGAUUAUCCAUCGAGACCUCAAGUCCCCCAACAUGCUCAUCACGUACGACGAUGUGGUGAAGAUCUCCGAUUUUGGCACUUCCAAGGAGCUGAGUGACAAGAGCACCAAGAUGUCCUUUGCAGGGACAGUGGCCUGGAUGGCCCCCGAAGUGAUCCGCAAUGAGCCUGUGUCUGAGAAGGUCGACAUCUGGUCCUUUGGUGUGGUGCUGUGGGAACUGCUGACUGGUGAGAUCCCCUACAAAGAUGUGGAUUCCUCAGCCAUCAUCUGGGGUGUGGGAAGCAACAGUCUCCAUCUGCCUGUGCCCUCCAGCUGCCCUGACGGCUUCAAAAUCCUGCUUCGCCAGUGUUGGAACAGCAAACCACGAAACCGUCCGUCGUUUCGACAGAUCCUGCUGCAUCUGGACAUCGCCUCAGCGGACGUGCUCUCCACACCCCAGGAGACUUACUUUAAGUCCCAGGCAGAGUGGCGCGAAGAGGUAAAGCUGCACUUUGAAAAAAUCAAGUCAGAAGGGACCUGCCUGCACCGCCUAGAGGAGGAGCUGGUGAUGCGGAGGAGGGAGGAGCUCAGACAUGCCUUGGACAUCAGGGAGCACUACGAGCGGAAGCUGGAGAGAGCGAACAACCUGUACAUGGAACUUAACGCCCUCAUGUUACAACUGGAGCUGAAAGAGCGGGAGCUGCUCAGGAGGGAACAAGCUUUAGAGCGGAGAUGCCCAGGUCUGCUGAAGUCACACCCUUCCCGAGGCCUCCUGCAUGGGAACACAAUGGAGAAGCUCAUUAAAAAGAGGAAUGUCCCACAGAAGCUGUCACCCCACAGCAAAAGGCCAGAUAUCCUCAAGACAGAGUCUCUGCUGCCUAAACUAGACGCUGCCCUGAGUGGUGUGGGGCUACCUGGGUGUCCUAAGGGGCCCCCAUCACCAGGACGGAGUCGUCGUGGCAAGACGCGUCACCGCAAGGCCAGCGCCAAGGGCAGCUGUGGGGACCUGCCUGGGCUUCGUGCAGCUGUGCCACCCCAUGAACCUGGGGAACCAGGAAGCCCCGGGGGGCUAGGAGGGGGACCCUCAGCCUGGGAGGCUUGCCCUCCAGCCCUCCGCGGGCUCCACCACGAUCUCCUGCUGCGGAAGAUGUCGUCGUCGUCCCCAGAUCUGCUGUCAGCAGCACUGGGAGCCCGGAGCAGGGGCGCCACAGGGGGAGCUGGAGAUCCUGGUUCACCACCUCCAGCUCGGGGCGACACGCCUCCAAGUGAGGGCUCAGCACCUGGCUCAACCAGCCCGGAUUCACCCGGGGGAGCCAAAGGGGAGCCACCUCCGCCAGUGGGGCCUGGUGACGGUGCAGGGCUGCUGGGAACUGCAAGGGAAGGGUCAGCGGGACGGGGAAGCCGGGCUGGGUCCCAGCACUUGACCCCGGCCGCGCUGCUGUACAGGGCCGCUGUCACCAGAAGCCAGAAACGUGGCAUCUCAUCGGAGGAAGAGGAAGGAGAGGUGGACAGUGAAGUGGAGCUGGCACCAAGCCAGAGGUGGCCUCAGGGCCUGAACAUGCGCCAGUCACUAUCUACCUUCAGCUCAGAGAACCCAUCCGAUGGGGAAGAAGGCACAGCCAGUGAGCCUUCCCCCAGUGGUACGCCCGAGGUGGGCAGUACCAACACUGAUGAGCGGCCCGAUGAGCGAUCUGAUGACAUGUGCUCCCAGGGCUCAGAAAUCCCACUAGAUCCUCCUGCUUCAGAAGUGAUCCCUGGUCAUGAACCCUGCUCCUUGCCUCUCCCACACCAGGACCUACUCAGAGGAGAGCAGGGCCCUCGCAAUUCUGAGGACUCAGACUGUGACAGCACUGAACUGGACAUCAACAGUGGUGAAACCUUGCAGCGCCCGGCCUCCCUCCCUCCAUGAAAGCCCCUCUUGUUCCUGUACAUAGAGAAAUAUUUAUAUAAAUAAUAUAUAUGCGCCACAUAAUUAACAGAGAAAGACGGGGCAGGCCCAGCCUUAAACUAGGCCCGGUGGAGACCGACCCCUGAUCAACUCACCUGAUAAAACUAGACACUGGCAGCUGUGGAAAUGAAGGGUACGUACUGCCCCAGAAUUGUGGGUAAGGGCAAACUGGCCCCUUCCUGCUUCAUCCCAUAAUGUUCAGCGAGUGGUUGGCUAUGUUCUAGACGCUUCCCUCAAAACCCGGGGGGGAGCAGGAAAGGGAGCCACUUAGACUGCACUUUUUUGUUUUGUUUACUGUUUACACAUUUUGCACUUGGGAGGAGGGAGGCUAUGGCUGGGUCCUCCGCGCUGCUGAGGUUUCUCAGGUGGCAAUGUAACUCAUUUCUUUGUCGCUCCAUUUCUCUGCCCAAGCCCUGGCUUAGGGCCUAAGGGGAGGUUAGGAGAUUAUGAAAGCAUGUGUGAUGGCUCAGGCUGAAGAACUGGGGUAGAAGUUCCUGCUUUUACCCUGGUGCCUGAUUGGGGUGGGGACUGUCAUGUUGUAACCCCAUGAAAAAUCUUGAAAUAUAACCACUCCAUGCAGGCCCAGCUGUUGAGGGUUUUCUUGGUGAAGGGAUGGGCAUAGCACACAUGCUGAAUAAGGAGCGCUGGGCUCCAAAUACUGUAAGGGCUUUGGAAAAUACGCUUUUCUAACUAAAUGAAGAUCACUUAAACCUCCAAUCAUCUAAAGUUAUCGGCAUAUGCUGAAGCAGGUACAUCUUUAUAAAGAAUUUUAGUAGAAGAUCCUAAAAUACCUAACUCCUACUGUGUGGAAAGAUAAAUAAGUUUUUAACUUGGACAAGGGGGAGACAUCCCCAGCAACCUGAACCCCAGUCAGAUGUACACUCAACCACCUUCAUGUAUAAGCAUGUGCCCCAAGCCCAUCUGGAAAAGGCUUGCCUAACCGCUGAAGACUGAGUUCUAGAAAAAUAUAUGUCCCCUGCCGCCCGCCGAUCAACAGCAGUGAGCUUGCUAAAGCUACUAGAGGUCACUGUAAUACAGGCAGGAGAGAAAAUAGGAUCAAGGGACCAAAAAAAAAAAAGAUGGAGAGGUAAAACAAAAGAAAACAUCUUAGCUGGAAUAAAGGCUUAUAUUCAAAACCCAAGCAGGGGCCAUGUCCUUUGAGGGAUAAAAGUUGCAAAAGUAACAGCAAGACAAAGGAAUAAAACCCACAUGAAUCACUGUGGCAUCCAGUUUCUAUUCACAAAGAAAAAGCUCCAGUCCAUCUUUUAAUUUUUUUUGAAAAAUUCCUGACAUUACAGAACUAAACUGAAAUGUAUUAAUAUUCCACUCUUACAUUUCCAUGACAAACAAAAAAAAAAAAUUCAUGAGCCAAAAAACAACAAAACCCAAAAAAACAAAAAACCAGAGAAAAGCUUAUAAAACUAAAUAUGGAUCUCAGCAUCUCAGCAGUAACAGCUGAACAGAGAAAGGAAUUAAAACGCUUUAAUUAAAAAAUCAUGAGUGGAUGAUAAAGUGUGUAGAAACUGAAAAUUUACAAACUAUUUAAAACCUGGAAUCGCUGACUGUUCAGAAACUACACAGAUGGAUCAUGAGUGGUGGUGAACAGCAGAAAGGGAUUAUGGAUGAAUCUGUAUUGUUCUAGCUGCUCCCCAUGCCACCCGUCUCCGAGGAAAGCCUGUAACAAAAAAGAACUCAACAUUAGUUUUCUGAGUGGCCAGCUGCACCUAACUUCCAAACUUUCCACCAGGCUGGUGAAAUAUGAAGGAGAAUAUAUAAUCAGUGACUCGGUGUCAAUGGAUACAUUUUACGAUUUCUUGGAUUAAACGAGUAGCAUGAUCCUUUAACCGCUGUAAUCCAAGUUUCCCCAGGCCAAUUACCUCAGAACUAAAGGAAACAGGACCUUGGUUACUUAGACCUGAUUGGUGUGUGUCUCAAACUAUACCUUGAAAUCUCGGUGGGAGGUAUUAAACACGUCCUGAAAAUGUCAUACAUUGAAGUCUCCUCUUACAGGGUCCCAAUACACAGAAGCAUUAUUUCUUUACCUCUGAGCUUAUGUUAGCUCCUCCCAAGCUACUGAUGGAAAAAGCAGUUUGGGAAACCUCUGGAAACCACACCACGAGGCUACUGCUAAGACAGCGCCACGGACACCUCUACGAUAGUCUGGGUCUCUGUUAUCAACUGAAGGCUAUCACUGUUAAGAGACAAUCGUUUUUAAAUGCUAAGGGAUGUUUAAAAAUCACUGCUCUAACAAUUAUAAAAACUAUACUCAAGAAUUUCACUCACCCUAGUUUUUAAGACUAAAACCCCCUAUCUCUGGUAUCUAUUAUUAAUCCAACCCCUCCCUCCAACAUACCUGACUAUAAUAGAUAACAGAGCGUUUGAGGUUCUAGAAUCUAUUUGGGGCUUUGAAGGAAAGGUAUUUUAAGCAUUCAGCCCGCUUCACUGAGAAGAGCUAUCCAUAAGACAGUCUCCAUUUUGAACAGAAAUAAAUGUAGAAGACUCAGUUUCAAGUUAUUUCAUAAACACGUUCGUAGUUCACGGACAUAAUCUGUUGUUUUUAAGCCAAGAGCAUGAAUGAUACCGUUUCAAUUUCAAUGCAAAGCCAGAAAACGGGAGGGGGCACUAUGGUCAGGAAAAUGAGUCCUCCAACCAGUGACUUUCAAGUGCAAUGUUUUUUGUUUGUUUGUUUUUUUCACCCCAGAAGAGGAAGUUCUUAAAUAGUGCAGAAUCUUGUUAACUUCAAAAUCGAGACUGAUAGAGGGCAACAUAAACAAUGGGCCCUGAAUGGAAGAAUUCAGUGGGAACUGAACAUUCAUGGCGCUGGCAGAAACAGCGUAGAGCUAGGGCCUUAAAAUAUAAAAAGUUUAUGUAAGGAGGUCUGGUAGCACUGCGGUAUCAAAAAGAACUGUCCAGAAUUUAUAGAACCCACGUAGGGACUGAUGGUGGGGUAAGAGGGCAGAAGGGGCAAGAAGGGAAAACCCAACCAAA